AUGAUUGCCCACCACCUCCCACACCUUUUCCAGCCUCUUCAACGCCUUUUGCUGCCUCUGUCACUCUCGCUAAGUCACUCUUAUCAGGUGCGUGUCCAGAAAGACAUGUCAAUAUGCGAUAAUAAUAUCAGAUACGACGGCACUGUCCCAAAGCUUUCUAUCUUGGGACGGGGAGUCUCCAAUAGCAUCUCGUUAUCCGUUUUGGGAGCUUCAAUCUCGUCAAAACGAGAGCUUGAAUUGCCCUUUCUGAGUCAUCCCGAUCCUCGUCCGAUCUUUGGAAGUUUGGGGCAUCCUUUACCUCAUCAUCUCAUGUGA